GUUGUCACGAUCAUAAAUCGGGGUUUUCUUCAAAUUACACCAGGAAAACACUCAAAACAGUCAGAAUAGUGUCGGGUCUGGCUGUCUUGUACUUUCAGCAUGUUGAAUGUGAGGAGAGUUGACAGAACAGUUUUGAGUGUGGAACAAUCUGAGGGAGUCGGUGCUCAUGUCCGAAGGAGCAUCGGUAGAAAGGAGCUGAGGAACCUGGAUCCUUUUCUGAUGUUGGAUGAGUUUAGAGUGAGCAAGCCCUCAGGUUUUCCAGACCACCCUCACAGAGGAUUUGAGACGGUGACGUAUGUUUUAGAAGGGAUCAACGCCCAUGAAGACUUCUGUGGCCAUUCAGGACAACUGAAACCUGGAGAUCUGCAAUGGAUGACUGCAGGACGGGGGGUGGUCCAUGCUGAGAUGCCCAUCUCAGAGGAGCCGGUGGUGGGCUUACAGUUGUGGGUGAACCUGUCGAGACGAGACAAGAUGGUGGAACCAGCGUACCAGGAGCUCCGAGCCUCAGAGAUACCCAAACCAAGCCAAGGAGGGGUUACAGUCGCUGUGAUAUCUGGAGAAGCUUUAGGAGUGAAGUCCAAGGUCUUCACAAGGACACCGACCCUGUACCUGGACUUCAAACUGCAGGCAGGAGCCCAGUGCAUGCAGCCAGUCCCAUCAGGAUGGACUACAUUCAUCUACACACUAUCGGGAUCCAUUCAUGUUGGUCCGGAUCGGGAGCAGCAGAAGGUAGAACCUCAUCACACAGUGGUGUUCAGAGAUGGAGACUGUGUUAAAGUUGAAAACAAGGACCCUGAAAUAUCCCAUUUUGUGCUGAUUGCUGGAGAACCAAUCAAAGAGCCUGUUGUACAACAUGGUCCAUUCGUAAUGAGCACAGAGGAAGAGAUUGAACAGGCAAUCAAAGAUUACAAAACUGGCAGAAAUGGCUUUGAAAAGGCAAUUACCUGGAGAUCCAAGAUCAGAGAUAGUCUCUGA